AUGGCUAACAACAGUGCACAUAUUGACCACCCGCUACAAGAAAUUGCAGCUAGUAUAACUGGCGAAAAUAGUGUUAGUGUUGCUGUACAAACAGAUCUAACUAUAGAACAUUUGUGUCUUACAUACAAUGUAUUAUCAGCAUUGUACGAAGAUAUUGGUCCAUUAUUAUCUUCAAAAAAAGCUCUAUCUCCAUUUCAACAAUUACUCCUCACCUUUAUGAAGUUAAGAUUAAAUUUACCUUUUAAAUAUAUUUCAUAUACAUUCUGCAUAUCCCCAACAACUACAUCAGAAACAUUUUUAAGUACUUUAAAAAUUUUAUAUUUGAGACUUAAACAUUUUGUUUGUUGGCCAUCUAGAGAGCAGUUGCGUAAAAAUGUUCCGGCUUGUUUUAAAGAAGCAUUUGGUAAUCAAGUAACAGUAAUAAUUGAUUGUUUUGAAGUUUUUACUGAAACUCCGUCUACUGUUGUCAAUGCGUCUCAGUGCUGGUCAAAUUACAAACAUCUUGAAACAGUCAAAUUUUUAAUUGGUAUUACUCCUCAAGGCACGAUAUCUUAUGUAUCACAAGCUUGGGGAGGCAGAACAAGUGAUAAAUAUUUAACUGAAAACUCAGAUUUUUUUAAAUUACUUUUACCAGGGGAUGUUGUUUUGGCAGAUAGGGGAUUUUUAGUGGAAGAUUCAAUUAAAAUUCUAGGUGCAAAGUUAAUCAUACCAGCUUUUACUAAAGGCAAAAGCCAGCUACAUCCUAAAGAUCUUGAAGGUACUCGAAAUAUUUCGACAGUAAGAAUUCAUGUUGAAAGAAUUAUUGGAUUACUUAAAAAAAAAUUUAAAGUGUUUCACCAAACUAUUCCUAUCAGUAUGUUAGCAAGACAAACAGUUUUAGAUGAAAUGGUAAUUGUAUGUAGUGCUCUAAUUAAUUUGUGUGAUUCUCAAAUACCAAAAGAUUAG